AUGCCAUUCGGACAGGUCGUCAUCGGUCCACCAGGCUCAGGCAAGAGUACAUACUGCUAUGGGCUGUACCAGGUCAGUCGCUCUCGCCGUCUCACGCGUUCGGACCCAUUUACUCCUGAGGGUCGCAAAGCCCCCCCUCCACCCUCGGACUGACCCUCCUCGGCCCGUCGCUCAUUCCAUGCCUAGUUCCUCAACGCCUUGGAGCGACCGGUGAUCAUCGUCAAUCUGGAUCCGGCCGCUCCUGCACCACCCUAUCCGUCCUCGAUCUCGAUUACGUCACUCAUCUCACUCCAGGAUGCCAUGACCGCUCAUCACCUCGGUCCCAAUGGGGCGAUGCUCUACUGUCUCGAAUACCUCGAGGCCAACAUCGAUUGGCUCGAAGAAGAGCUCGACCGCGUGUUGGCAGAGAAGGGCUACGACGGCGAUCGGAGGGAGCAGGCGUUUGUCGUGUUCGACACACCGGGCCAGGUGGAGCUCAGCACCGACCACGGUAGUCUCAAGAGGAUAGUCGAGAGGUUAGGCAAGAAAGGUGGCUGGAGGGUGAGUCACUAACGCCUUUGCGGGAGAACUCGAUGUGGGACGAUGUUCACACCAAUCCAAUCGGAUCUCACAGCUCGCAGCGGUGCACUUGCUCGACGCGCACCACAUCCUCGACGCCGGGAAAUACGUUGCUCUGCUACUGCUGUCGUUGCGCACUAUGCUUCAGAUGGAGCUACCUCAUAUCAACGUACUGUCCAAGAUCGAUCUGCUGUCCACAGCUGGCGAGCUACGUGAGUCUCAUACCCUCAGCGCGCACGUUAGUCGUCGCACAUGCAAACUGAUCGGGAUACGCUUGUGCAGCUUUCAAUCUCGACUUUUAUACCGAGGUCAAGGAUCUCCAGUACCUGCUACCUCUGCUGGAGAAAGACCAGAGAAUACGGCGGUUCUCGGAGCUCAAUAGGGUUAUUUGCGAGUUGAUUGACGAGUUUGGCCUCGUGAGCUUUGAAACGCUCUGCGUCGAGGUAGGUCCCGGACUCGAUUUCCCAUGUGGUGACUUGCCUGGUGAUAAGUCUAACCACCCUGCAUCGUCUCUAUCAAUAUCACCUUAUUCUUCCUUGGUAGGACAAGGAAUCGAUGCUGCGGCUUGUGCAAGUGGUCGACCAAGCUGUAGGCUAUGUCGCACCGACGCCGUUGACCGACAGUGACAUGGCCGAAUCUCCGGCACAAGCCCAUGCACACCAUCAUUCGCACCAAUCUGAGCUUCCUUCUAUGGUCGACCCCUUGUCGCAGCUCUACUAUUCUUCGACCGUUCAGGAAAAAUGGAUCGACCACCGCGACGAGUACGAGACCCACGAGAAGAAGAUGUGGGAGCAGGAGGGCGACCGAGCAAUCGAGGUGGCGAACGAGCAAAGUCGAAGAGCCGCAAGUGCAGCAGACUCAUGA